CCCAUAUCUCCCCCUCCAUUUCUUUACUCCAUUCAGCCAUUCCUCUGUAAAAAUAAAACAGGAGAGAAAUACUGUCCUCUCUCUCUCUCUCUCUCUCUCUCUCUCAGGCCACAUUGUUUCUGCUUCCUUCAGACUCCCAGGAAGAAUAGCACCAAAACAAAAGCCGAGACUUUUGUUUCUUCAGUGGGGGGGACUAACUGGGUCGCAGUUCACCGAAGGUGGUGGGAUUGACCAUUUUCUCGAACACCCAGCUCUCCAUGUUAUGGCCUAUUUAUGCUGGUUCCGUGUUCUGCUGAGUCUAUUCUUCUCUUCUUCCCUCAUGCCCAUUUCUUGAUGAGCUGGUGAUCUCUUUGCACUGGAGCUAAGUGGUCGCGAGUCGUUCCUGUGCAGUAAUUUUGGGCUUAAUACAAGAUUUGAUUGGCAUCUAAAAGACUAUGUCUGUUUCCUGAGAAACAAUGCAUAACCAGCUAUGGUUUGCACCGCCAAUGAUCUCCAGGGAUGGAAAGAUUUUCCAAAGGGCCUCAGGGUCCUUCUCCUUGACCGAGACUCGACUUCUGCUGCCGAGCUGAAGGCAAAACUCGAGGCUAUGGACUACACGGUUUCUAUAUUCUGCGAUGAGAAUGAGGCUCUGUCAGCUGUUGCAAAUAAGUGUGAAACCUUCCACGUUGCUAUUGUUGAGGUGAGUUCGAGCAAUAGCAGCGAGAGCUUCAAGUUUCUCGAAACUGCUAGAGACUUGCCAACCAUCAUGGUUUCGGAUGUUCAUUGUCUCAACACAACAAUGAAGUGCAUAGCGCUCGGAGCAGUGGAGUUCCUCCAUAAACCACUCUGUGAGAACAAACUCAGGAAUAUCUGGCAACACGUGGUUCAUAAGGCUUUUAAUGCAGGGGUUGGCAUCGUUUCGGAGUCCUUAAAACCUGUGAAAGAAUCUUUGGUUUCAAUGCUGCAGUUACCGAUAGAAAAUGGAGAAGUUAAGAAAGCUGCAUCAGCUGAUACCGAGAAUGUCUCUGUUCACGAACCUUCGACCCCGCAAUUGAAACGUGGGGCCCCUUUCAUAGACGACGGAGACUGUCUCCAAGAACAGACUCACUGCUCCACCGAGAAAGGCAAUGGGGAGCAAGAUGUAGAAUCUAAAUCUGUCGAAACUACUUGUAAUAACUUAACUGCCAAGAUUGACAGAACUGAACAUCGGUCAGUGAAAGAGGCUUCAGUUAAAGUGGAAGACGAAUCGGGUGAUAAUAACUCGAAGAGUGAAAGCAGCAUAUCUCCCCUCGCACAGGCUAAAGACGAUUCCCAUGGUUCUCAUGAUUGCGCUAAUAAUACUGCCAAAUCAUCAUGUCUCCAAACUUCUGCAGGGAAAGUCAACCGAAAAAAACUGAAGGUGGAUUGGACCUCUGAACUACAUAAGAAGUUUGUGCAGGCUGUGGAGCAAUUAGGAGUAGACCAAGCAAUACCAUCUCGCAUUCUUGAGCUCAUGAAAGUCCAAGGGUUAACACGGCAUAAUGUAGCAAGUCACCUCCAGAAAUAUCGUAUGAAUCGAAGGCACAUCUUACCCAAGGAAGAUGACCGGAGAUGGCCACAGCAUAGAGACAUGGUCCCGAGGAGUUACUAUCCGCAUAGGCCAAUCAUGGCCUUCCCUCCAUAUCACUCUAAUCAUUUGGCGUAUCCUGUGUGGGGAGUGCAAGGCAAUCAUCAACCUGGCAUGCAGUUCUGGGGUCCACCGAGCUAUCCCCCGUGGCAACCCGCUGAAAAUUGGCAGUGGAAGCCGUAUCCUGGGCUGCAUGCUGAUGCAUGGGGGUGCCCUGUGAUGCCGCCUGCUCAAGGGCCGGGGUUCCCUUUCCCUCAAGAUGGAUCGGGGUAUCACUGUGCCGGUGCAGUUCACAACGUUCCACAGCAAAGUUCAUUCGAACUCCACCAGGCCGAGGAAGUCGUCGACAAGGCUGUGAAGGAAGCAAUAAACAAGCCAUGGCUCCCUCUGCCCUUAGGCCUCAAGCCUCCCUCCACCGAGGGUGUGCUGGCCGAGCUCUCCAGGCAAGGGAUACCCUGCAUCCCUCCUCGCCUCAAUGGCACGGAACAGCACUGACAUCGCGCUGACUCCGAGAGAGGUACCGCCAGGAAACUCAUGACACGCGCCGGGAGCUCAUUAGCGAUCGCGUCAAGUGAAACCGGGUCGAAAUAAUGUGCCAUCCAACAAGAUCAAGAAAAAGGUGGACAGCAGCAAACAUCUGAGGACCGGAGAGUUUUUCAAAAGGUCAUUCAUUCAUUCAGUGACAUUGAUCCUAUCCCGAACCCAUCCGCCCGAUCAAAAAGGUCAAAUGUGGAGGUCGACACGUGGGUGGUUGAGGCUGUGCCACUUGUGUGAAUCUUGUCCGCACAGAGUGGCGACAGGACAUUUUGCUGUUGGGCCUGUUUUUGGGAUGUAAAUAAAAUAGCUGGCUUGUGGGCCAAGGAAUGGGCUCUGUCUUUUCAUGGGUUGAGUUGGGUCGGACCUCCUCUUGUCUGCUGUCUGCUUCGUCUGGUCUCAAAUAAUGGGAAAAAAAAAAAAACUUGAGGAAAUUUUUGGAUAAUGCCUCCCAAAAGAUCAUGAAUUGCUUAUUAGUUUAGUGCUCGGCGCUUUCUUAUGUGUCU